CAUCCAUAUCCAUGGUGGUCGUUCGGUUAGAGCGCGCCGCUUAAUCCGCAUCACGAGGCUCUUCCUCGGCACGAUGCAGUCGUAGGCGUCGCACAAAGCGUGAAUGGCUACUAGCCGCGCCGUCAAUGCGAGCUGAUUGUGAGGUGGUGGUGGGACUAUCAGAACAGUGAUGGCUUUCGCUGCUCAGAUACGGCCAUCACUCCCGGUCGAAGACUGGGACGCUGAAUUCGCGGAUGCGAGCGACGCGGGCAGUACUGAUGGAGAUGCACAAAAGCUGACGUCCCUCGCCUUGCUCCCUGGAGAUGAUGAAGGGGCGCGAGACCAAGGCUGGGGAGCACGACGGUCAGGGCUUGGCUCAGCUACGCAUGGAAUAGGCUCAGGGGAUGCAGAUGAAGAUGACUCGGAUCAACAUGACACCAUCAAGCUUUCGCAGCUGGAAAGCUCGACGCUCGCUCAGCUGCGGGAAGUGUCCCAAGUGUCACGCGCAGCUGCAGCUGCCUCAACAGGUGCACUUUGUGGCGCCUCUUUGGCCACUUCCAGCACGAUGACUCCCACCGCGACAUCCAUCAUGCCGCAACAUGCAGAGGACAGCGAAGACUGGGACACAGAUUUGCAGCCCGUACAUGGACAUCCGUCACUUUACCUCCAUCUCCCCGCGCGCGUCGCAGUCGCUGUUGGCAGCGGUAGCGAGCUCAACCGCACUUUCCACGAAGAGUUUGGCUUUGACGACGAGGUUGACAAUCCCUUUGCUUUCAGGUCCAGCCGGCACGUUCGUCGCGACCGAGACGGCGGCGAAUCUGCGUCUGCCAGUGGUCGCAGUGUCGCCAGUAGCAGCGCAGGAGAGUUUGGAGGGGGAGGGGGAGCCGGCAGUACCGCGCUAUCUUCAACGGAAUGGACCGAGCCAGAGAGUCCAUCAUUUUCGUCGGCGACUCCAUCGUCAUCAAAGCCGAGCCCGUCAACGACUCGAUCCAGCCCCGCGAGUUGCAGUCGCAUCCUACCGUCCUCGCAGGCGCAUCAGAGCUAUCAGUAUCAACAACAUCAGCAGAAGACCGUCAGCGUUGUCGCGAGUGCAGUCCUGCGCAAGGCCUCGCGCAGUUUCGGGCACUUCCCAGGUGACAAUGCGGAUCGCGCGCGAGCAAAGGGCAUGCUCGGUGUUGAUGCGCCUUUUGAAACGGCGGACAACGACUUAGAAGACGCAUUCGAGAUGGACGUAUCGUUGCAGCAGCUCAGCCUUAGCCCUAGCUUGCUGCAUUACAAGACGAGAGAUGGCGCGCUUAGAAACAGCAAUGGUGGUGUAGGCUUUGCGAGCGCGAGGGAUUCGCUGCCCAUCUCUUCAGCAGCGGCUUCUGGCGCAGAAGGGGAUUCUUUCAGCACGAGGUCCUCGUCGCCGGAGCCGCCGCUGCGGUCCAAGCGCUCUGCCGGCGCUGCUGGUGCUGCAUUUGGCCUCAAGAAUUACGCUUCUAGUCUCAGGCUGCUCAGCUCCUAUCCGUCGUCGGACGCCGCAAACUGGCGACAGAGCAGCAAAGCGAGUCUUUCCGACCCCAGCUCAAAGGAGGAACCAUCACGAUCACGGCGUCCUGCAGUUGAUGCUGACGCCGACGAUGACGAUGACGAGGAGGGCGAUGACAAUAGUCACGAUGAGAGGGAAGAUGAAGAGCACCCGUGGGAAGGGCUAGAGAUUCCUCCUGAACGACCUGCACCUGCCGUCUCGUCAUCGAGCGUACCUUUCACACCGCUCAAAAUUAGCUCAGAGGCGCAACAGCCCAACAAGGCAGCGCGCAGCUUUGACGCGAACAGCCUCAAAGCGAUGCUUCGAGCUCGUAAAAAGGGCCUGCUAAUACCUGACGCUUUCGGCUCGUCAGCGUCUCGUCGGGGCUCUGCAUCACCUGUCUCGCCCAGGACGGCAGGCGCGUCAGGAGAGGAGAUGCUCAACGGACUCGUCAUCACGGACGAUAGCGAUCUCUCUCCGCAUCGUCUUCGCGCGCGCAAAGAUCGGAAUGCGGACGCAAGCGCAAUUGCACGUCGGCAACCUGGUAAAGAGCGCAGUGCCGACGCGUCUAAGCAACAGCGAGCUGCCUCUGGCAGCGUGCUCAUCCCAGGCAAAGGCAACGGCGUUGCUCGGCCCCCCCAGGCACGGGAUUCUGCAGCUGGCACGGCCUCGCACCCAUUUUCUCGGAAAGCAUCAAUGCCAGAUCUGGGACAGGCGACAAAUACAGCCAGUAGGUCAGCGGGCGGCAGCGGAAGAGGAUCCCUUAAUGUUAAGGGCGAUAGAUUGCAAGCACCCGAAAAUGUUGCAUCGUCCCAAAUGGCAUCAACAGCAGAGGUAGCGGCAGUAGCUGCUGGGGUAUUUGUUGCUCCAGCUGGCGCGCUACCGAAGAAACUGUUCUCGCCUGUAUCACAGAUUUUUACAAGGGCUCUCACGUCGACAGACGCUUUCAAGACAUGGCGGCCGCAGGCAAGCGUACCAACAGCUCAAACCUUGAGCGCAGUAGCCGCACGGGUAGCUAGCACGUCUGUAUCAGCGGACGAUGGUUUCUCCAAAGCGCCAGAGCCAUCUAAGGCACCAAAAGCGCCAGCGCAAUCGCAAAUCACCAAGCGGCGAGCGCCUAUUGCCGUGCGAUAUUCCGUAUCGACUGCCUCGCUUCGACAACCGGCUAGCAUAUCGAGCGAUCGACUACCGAUACGUGUGGACACACUUUUGGCACCUACUACCGCCGUUGCCUCGUCGUCGUCACCGUCAGCGAUGCCUGGUUCACCUGUCUGCGGCCGUUUGGUACCGCCGGUCGAAAAUAUAUCUGAAGUCAUAUCUGCUCCAAUGGAGGCCGGGCGAAAUGGCAAUGGCGCGAACACAUCCACCGCGCCUCCCUUAGCAGCAGCUCCGCAGAUGCUCCGACAUCCCAAGCGACUGCGCAACUAUGGUGAUGGCAUGGAGCUCGACGUCUUCGAUGACCUGCCUUUGCAAAGAGUUGCAGAGCAUGGGCAUAGAUUUCGCCAGCCGACGAUCGAACAUCGGCCCAUCAGGGCGAGCGGCAGGCUGGCAGCGAGGGGACUGCAGCAGGCGCUCGGCGUGCCGCUCGUUGCUCCACCGAAAGCCUCGUCGCACGCGCUGAGUCCGCAGGCACAGUCUCAAGCUCAGGCUCAUGCUGUGUCGCUGCACCGGCCACAUACACCUGGGAAGACGAAAGAUGACGGUUCCGGCACUGGCAGUGCCACAGCUACUACCGCUGGUACAUCGACCCCGGCAGGCAAAGCCCGCUCGCGCACACGCAAGCGCAAGGCAAAAGGCAAGGAGAGCAGGAAGCCGAUGCUGAUUAAGAACCUCGGCGGCGCACCCUCGACGCCCAAAUCCGUCGGCGAGAUGCGGUGGAACCCUAAAUCACAGCGUUGGGAGGGUAACGAGAUGGAUCUGAAGAGCUUUGAUGAGGUGCUUGGGCCCAGCGCGCGUCCUGCACUCAUUACGCAGUUCAGCAGUAGCACCAGCGGUCAUCACUCGCUGCAGCUGCAGCAGGGAAAGGCGGACUUGACUGCACCCUCAGCGCUUAAUCGUGUCUGGCCCAGUCAAGAUCGGAUCGCCUCGGCUCCUCUCAUUGCCUCAGAAAGCCCAUCGUCCAAGGACGAGUCCUUCGCCAGUGCCAUCGCAGUCACAGCCACAGUCAGCAAAUUGCCACGUCGCACGACAGCUGCGGCGGCUACAAUUGUCGGCGAGAUGCGCUUCGACCCUGUGCAAAUGCGCUGGGUGAAAGCUUCGGGGGAAGAAGAAGAAGACAUAUUUGCCGACCUCUGUGACGGCGGCGGCAGCGAUCACGAAGAGGAGCGCGUUGACAAUGAAGAUAUAGCACCGUGGGAUGAGUCGACCAGCCAAGAGAAGAUGGUCUUUGCAGCUUCUGCCUGUACUGAUGCCAGCAGCGCUGAUGACGGCAGCGCUUCCGGUGACGUGGUGGACGCCCUACAGAGUAGGAUGCUCGUGCCUGAGGAACUCCAGCUGGCUUGCCGUGAAGCGGAGCGCGUUCAUGCUGCCGAGAUUGGCCCACUGAUUUCAGUUGCGGCUGCGGCCUCGGCGACUGCGACUCGAGCCGAAGGAGUCGACAGGGGAGCACCGCCCGACCGACGCCAUCUGUGGCUGCUGUUCACAUUGCUGCAGGCGAGACGCGGAGCGUGAUCUGAAGGCAGUAGCUGCAUUUCCCGGUGAUGGUGUGAUAUCUAAAUGGCAAAGAGAUCAGGAAGAGGAAGACCGAGAGUAAUAGUUUGGGCGCGCACGCAUACAACAAGACGACUGGUAUCAUACAUCAUGCAGCAUCACUUUUCCGCACCAGGUUGAUUCCCCCGUCCGGUUUUCUCAACGUGACUCGGGGGUCCUUCCUCAUUACAUGCUUCUGUAUCAUAUAACGCCAUCUACAUCGCUAUUGAAGGGAAGACACCUUUUCCUGGGCCCCCGAAGCGUCCCUCGACGAUCACUGUCAUCG